AACAACGACUCGCAGAUGACUCUCAACAGUUCGGUCUUGGGGGAGGAGCAGAAGCCUCCUGAUGGCACCAAGAGUGAGGAGGAAACGAGACCUUACUGCCGGUUGAUCUCUCCGGAUGAGUACUCGGACUCGGGAGAGCAGACGGUUCCAUUGCGCUCUCUCUUCGAAUUCUUGCCCCUGGCUGACAACCCGAUUUACGUGGGAACAUUGCCGCACAAAAAGCCGAUUUCUGAAGUACUCGCCGAACAGGUGAGAGACAACGCAGGGGCCACAUUGCAGGUGAAUAUCGAGGGGCGUCGUUUCUGCUGCAUACCCAACCUGAUCAAGUGCUAUUCGGUGUGGUUCGCGAGCCGCGACUGGCGUGACACCAGCUUCACCUUUUCGCAGAGUGAGGUGCCGGCCAAAGGCUUCGAGUGCGCCUACGAAUGGUUGCGUUUCCAGAAGCUGCCCAGCACUACCGACGCGGUGGACACACUCCAGGUGGCCAGGUACCUGCAGAUUGAUCUACUCGAACCCAAAUGCUUGUCGGUGCUAUCCUCUGAUGGUCUGCGCGAAAAGGCCGCCUUUAUGGUGUUUCGGCAGGCGAAGGCAUACUCAGAAUUGCCUUCCUGGACCCUGCGCGAUGGCUUUACACACCCGGACAAGGAUCACCUCUUCUCGGCAGAUCCCAUGCUGCUUGCCUUCAACUCGGAUCCUAAAACAGAAACUCUCCUUACCGAUGCCAUGUCCUACGUCGCCACGGCUGAUUCCUUCAUGGGCGACCAUAACAGUUAUUUGGAGCACAUGAAAGUGCAUCGUUUGCCACUGACUUAUCCACGCAAAUACGUCUACCAUCACAAGUGCCCGUACCACAAGUACGUGCUGGGAGUUUCUGACGUGGCCUACAACUUCAAGGCCAACGACUUUGUAGAGUACAUCGAGUCCUUGCAGGAGCAGUGGGAGGGAGACGGACCGCCAUCCCAUGGAGACGUGUUGGUCGUCGAUGCCCUGCAAGAUGCCAUUUGACCGCUUCGUCCAUAA